UGCUACCAGCAGGUCUGAUCACUUAACCAAUCUUGUCAUAUUGAUGAUUCGAAAAUCAACAGCAGAUAUCAACAUCAUUUGAAGGAAAUAUUUGCUUACAGCAAAGGUUGGACAAUUUUCUGUUCACCAUGUCAUUGGCAGAAAAUCUCAGCUCUGACCGACAGACGUCAAAACAGACAUGCUUAGCUUCAGGUAAGGAAAACGCUAAUACUCGACCGAAACUAGCCUUUUCCAUUGAAAACCUCAUCGAAACAAAUUCAGGAAACGAAAAAUCAAAAGAUGCUGAGAUAACGUCCGGCAUUGUUGAUGACAGGGAAAUAUCAAAAUCCGAUGUAUCAGAUGCUGAAUCUUCAGAGCAGGAAAUGUCAGUUUCAAGCGGAAAACAAUAUUCUCCAGUUCACAGUCCACCGCAACAAUCUGGAACUUUCACAAACUGGCUAGUAGGAAGAGAUGUUCUAAGAAAAAACUCUACACCAAAUAUGAUCCGCGACAACAGGGACUACAUGAUGGCAGGGUAUCAGUCCUGUCUUCAUCCGGCGUUUUUCAUAGGACGGAUGUCUUUGGAGGAAUAUCAGAAUUACUUGGUACGGAACUACUCAAUUUUCCAACAGCAAUUUCCGUCGUAUUCGUCCAAGGGAAGGGAACCUUCUAUAGACUAUCUUAAAUCAUUGAGCAUCCAGAAAUUUCACGAGUCGGGAAAAUUUGGAACCCGAGAAAACAUAAAUGCUUUCGGAAGUAGGACGGAGGAAAAAUUACCCGAAAAGAAUGAAUCUCUUCCCUUUAACAUAAAAACGAAAUUUGAGGAAAGAAAGGUUCAAAACAUCACCGAAAACAACGGACAGCCUCUCGGAGAAAAAAAGAUACAUGAAAAUAACAACGAAAGUGAUCCGGUCUCAUCUAAAAUGAAGAAAAUCGCGAACAAAUCUCAGAAAACAUUCACCUGUCAAGAAUGUGGAAAGGUUUUCAAUGCUCAUUACAAUCUUACCCGUCACAUGCCAGUGCAUACAGGAGCCCGGCCGUUUAUUUGUAAGAUUUGUGGUAAAGGAUUCCGACAGGCAAGCACGUUGUGUAGACACAAAAUCAUUCACACCUCCGAUAAACCACACAAAUGUGGUACGUGUGGGAAGGCGUUCAAUCGAAGUUCUACACUAAACACACAUAUGAGAAUUCACAUGAACUACAAACCCUACAUUUGUGAGUAUUGCGGGAAGGGCUUUCAUCAGAAAGGAAAUUACAAGAACCACAAACUUACACAUAGUGCCGAGAAACAAUACAAAUGUUCCAUCUGUAACAAAGCGUUUCAUCAAGUCUACAAUCUUACUUUCCACAUGCACACACAUAACGAGAAGAAACCCUUCACCUGUCGCAUAUGCGGCAAAGGAUUUUGUAGGAAUUUUGAUCUGAAAAAACAUACCCGAAAAUUGCACGAGGGUAAUUCUCUGCCCUCGGCCACAACCCCACCCCUGGGACAGAUGGAUCAGAGUUCCACCGCGCUGUGCGGAUCGGCUAGUACGUAUGCUCACAACCGGCUAGGAUCUACUCAGGGUGCCUUUAUCAAUGCACGGCCCUCUCCGUUUUCUCCACAAGCUUCUCUGACAUGUCAACGCAAUCUUUUGUCUCAAUAUAUGUUGAGUCCAACGUCAGCGAGCUUUCUGCAUAAAUAUUCAAACUUCCUGUAAUUCUUAGAAGAACAAACUUUUUAUCAAAGCUGGAAAACAUGGACAAAAAAAAAGGUUAACUUUUCAUGAUUUUCUUUUGAUUUUGGGAUUGAAUCUUACAUUUAUUAUAUACCUUUUCUCUAUGAAUUUAAUGUGUUCUACUUAGAUAAAAAUCUAAAGAUUAAUCGUUGUUAAUUUAACGCUUAGAAAUAGUAUCAUCAUGUUUAUAUUCUAGUAUUUUAGUUUGUUUUAGAUAUUGAUAUCAGAAUAUAUUGACAUUUACAUUUUGUUAGCAAAUAAUCAUGCAAAGCAAUGAUUUAUACAAUAUAUCUUUAUAUAAAUUAUUUAAACGGUAGACUUGUAUUUAUUGGAGAUAAAUAGUGCUAUGUACGACGAUUCAGGUUAAAUGGAGAUACAGAUUUAAUAUUGCACGGAUCAGUGAUUUUGUAUACGCAGAGUUAAAGACUUGCCAUAUAAGACGAUAGUUGUCUGUUAUAAUAGAUGACAUUAAAACAAACUCCCUGGAUGAUAGUGAUGACAUGCCUUGAUUGUAGAACUUUGUAACCAUAUGGUGAAACACACUUUACAUUGUUCACACUGACCAGCGCCUGAGAUAACAUGUGAUAAUUCCUCGCAGUAAUGUGGCGACGCAUUAAUUUUAUUGGAUAUUGAAAUAACCUUUUCCUGGGAGAGCUGGUUUGGCUUGGUGGUAUGGCGAGGAUAGCUAUAUUUUUGCCACGGCUUGUACAGUCAUGUGUGAAAAUCUGGGGGUAUCUGAUGUAUUAGUUCAACUCCAUUCUCGAAUUCUUUUUCAUCUGAUUGUUAUCAACAAUAAAGGUUUUCCUUCUAAAUUAAAAUACUCUAUCUUACUUUUUUGUGUUUUAACGUUUGGUCGAAACUUCUGACUGGAAUGUUUUUUCCCGAUUACAAAUUGCAAUUCAGAUCAAUUUUCAAUAUUUCUUUCCGAUUGAUAAUGUGAUUCA